GGAUUUCCGACGGGGAAGAGACCUGUAUGUAAACAAUGCAGAUCUCUCCCCCCCCCGUCAGCUCUUGCACACUGCAUUGUAUGGCUCUACAUAGCACAGCCAUACAGUGUGCUUACAGUGAAACACACACAGCCCACACAGCCCAAGUAGUGAAAGACACACAGUUAACCCUUUGAUCGCCAGAUGUUAAUCCCUUCCUGCCCAGUGCCAUUAGUACAGUGUCAGUGCUUUUUAUUAGCACCGAUUACUGUAUUGGUGUCACUGGGGAUGUCAGUUACACCAAGUCAGUUGCCCCCGGUGUCAGAAUGCCCCGCCGCAGUCCUGCUAUAA